AUGACCGUGUCAAACGCAGCUAUAUCUGAUGCGUUGCUCAUCUCGACACGUGAUGGGACCUAUCCAGAGUCGGAAGAGGUCCUUACGACAGAUCUGUCUGCUUUUGCACUGCGACCGUCGCUCCAGCUUAUAGGCGAAGCUAAGCAACAGAUCGAGACGGACAUUCGAGGCCUCAGUCAAAAUAGCUCAUCCGAUGUCGAUGAAUGGAUUGCGCAGGCCAGCCAUCUUCAAGAAGAUAUUCGGCACUCUAAAAACAUUGCGCGGGAGAUCGUAAAGGAGUACGAGGAUGGUCAAAAUCUGUCAGCCAAAAUACAAGAUGCAAAAGCAAAGGUCGAGCUUCUACAGAAAGAGAUAUUCUUCAAUCAGGCUGUUACGUCGUCACUAGAAGACAUCUGGUCAUUGGAUAGAGAUCUGAACAAGGCAGAGUCUAUUUUAGCCUCUGGUAGACCAAUUGAGCUUGUGGCAGGCAUCGAACAGCUGUCCUUUCGCACUGAGCGGCUGGCAGAUAGCAAUGCAAAGGAAAUCAAUAACAGUCGAGUUCUACGACUACGAGAGGCUGUUGUGGAAAGUCUCACAGCAGCUGCAAGUUCCAUGGUGCAAUUGCAGAAGGCUGAUGGUCAACAGCACUUGAGAGUAGACCAUGGCACCCAAGAAUCACUCGGUGUUACUCUCGACUUGUUGCUCGAAGCACUCGAGCAGCUUGAUUCCAUGGAAGGUCUACUUCGGAACCUCUCCAGAGCAUUUCAUCGGCGAAUUUUUCAGCCUGUGUUAUCACCAGCCACCGGGUUUAACACAUGCUUCAUCGACGAAGAGUCUCACGCUCUGAACUUGUCAUCGACUGAGAAAAAGAAAGACGCUCAGGGCGUGCUAGAUUGCCUUUCAUCGGUGCUCGGUUUCCUAAAUGCACAUCUUCCUAAAAGGCUUAAUUCAGCACUUGGAGAAAGGUUGUCAGAAGAUCUUGUUGAUACUCUGAUACGUGACUGGCUUACUCCAUCUGUCCCACUUGAUCUAGCGGACAUACUAAAGUCUGACAGCAUUCAGACGACAGUUGCAGACCUUGCAAACCAGAUCUUGUCAUACCACUGGCCUGGCGACACUGAAUUGAUGGGUUGGCUAGAAGGCUUACCUCAUAUCUGGCUAGAGAAACGGCGCAACUCGGCACUUGACGCUGUGCGAAGGACGUUGAAAGCGCGACGCGGCCCUAACAAAGAAGCACGAAGAACCGAGCGCCAGAAUGUUUCUGCUCUGGAUGAGGCGUUUGCACAGAACGGGUACAGCGAUGACAAUGCAAAUUCGAUUGAACAGCUCCCCGAGACCACAACAACCUUUUUGACAAAUCCGACCGAUUUGGAGGAAGAGGAUUUGAGUGGAUGGGACUUCGACGAUGAUGGCGAGAAAAAUGACAGUGCAGUACCCUCUCCAACCAAAAGCAACGGCGACAUCGAGGAUGCUUCUGAUGCAUGGGAAUGGGAUGAAGACAAUGCAGAGGAGAAACGCAGGGACCAUUCUAGCUCAGGACUGCAAGGAGCCAAUCUUGUCCACAAGGGCGCUCCGGUCGAGCAUCGCGAGGUCACCUUGACUGAGACCUACACGAUUACAGAUAUACCGGAUCAUUUGCUUGACUUUGUCUCCGGCGAAGUGCGAGACGCCGAACAAAUGAAGACCCCAGAGUACAUUGCCUUUGAACGCAUAUCUGCUUCAACCUGUUUACGAUCACUGCCCACCUUAAUACUAGCAAUGUUUCGUGCAACAGCACCAGCACACUACUCCACAAUCCCAAGCGGAAACAUGCAUCUCUACAAUGAUUGUGUAUAUCUGGUUGACAAGCUAAGAGACUUUGCAAAAAGCACGUCUUCAACUCAGCUAUCAGUUGAUUGUGAUGUACUGGAGAAAUUCGCGAAAAGUGCCUACGCAAGAGAGAUGGACUUGCAAAGGACCGUGUUGAGCGAUAUCCUGGAUGGUGCACAGGGAUUCGUCAACUGUACCAGGUUCCCAUACUCAGCUGAGUGUGAGACAGCCGUUAACUCUGCCAUCGAUAGGCUUCGAGCUGUACAUCGUGACUGGAGCUCAAUCUUAUCACGUUCAGCCCUUUUGCAAUCGAUCGGCUCACUCCUGGCUGGUAUAAUCGAGAAGAUCAUUGGGGACGUCGAGGAUAUGGAAGACAUUUCCGAAGCUGAAUCACAGCGAUUAACUGCAUUCUGCAGUCAGAUCUCAGCUCUCGAAGAUCUCUUCAUCUCGGAACAGGCUGCGCAGGACGAGAGAGCAGACACGGAACCAGUGCCGCUGACUGCGGUCUAUGUCUCCAAUUGGCUACGGUUUCAGUAUUUGGCUAACAUCUUGGAAAGCUCGCUCGUCGACAUUAAAUACUUGUGGACUGAAGGCGAACUCAGUCUGGAAUUCACUGCAGACGAAUUGAUUGAGCUUAUAGAAGCUCUGUUUGCUGAGUCAAGUCACCGCCGAAGUGCCAUUGCUGAGAUCCGGCGCAGUCGUCCUUAG